UAUAAUAUGGCUGCUUUUAUCUCGAAUUUUGUAAAUGAAAAAUAUUUGGUUUUCAGUGUAGUUAAUAGCAAUUUUUCUAAAUGCAUCAGCAUAAUAAAACAAAAACUAUAUAUUUUAUUGUUAUGAAGAAAAAAUAUAGACGGUCACAUGACAUAUGACUUAAAAACGUGUUCGACACGUGGUCACUUGAAAUUUCGUUGUCAUUUUAUCUGAUUUAAAAUAUAAAAAUAAUUGGUUGAAUAUUCUUCAUAACAAAACUACUUUCUGAUAGUAAGGACAAAUAUUAUGGACUCUUCUAAUGAAUCAAUGGAUCAAAAAGACUGUGAUAUAAAUGUGAUUCAGACUCAACAAAGUACAGUAACUACACUUUCAAAACGUCAACAAAAGAAAAUAGCAAAGAGAGAAAAAUGGUUAGCUCAGAAAAGUGAAAGAAGAGCCAAAGAAAGAGAGAAAAGGAAACGUAAGCAACAAGAAGCUCGUGAAAAAGGAAUAAAACUAGGACCAAAUAGAAAAGAACUAAAAAUGGCAAAAAUGGAAUUUUCUACUUGCCGAAUCAAAGUUGCAAUAGAUUUAUCUUUAAACCAUUUGAUGACUGAUGCAGAAAUGUCAAAGACAUUAAAGCAGUUGCAUCGAUGCUACUAUCUUAAUCGCAGAUCAUCAUCUCCUUUACAGUUAUACAUCACUAGUGUGGACAAUGUGGUGAAACAACGGAUGACUGUUAAUGCGGGCUGCCUUAACUGGGAUGUAUAUUAUAAAGAAGAAAAUUAUUUGGAUGUAUUUGGAGUGAAUAAUACUGUUUAUUUGACAAGUGAAUCUGAUAAUGUAGUAGAUACCUUAGAAGAAUCUAAAACCUAUAUAAUAGGAGGUUUGGUUGAUCAUAAUAGGCAUAAGGGCAUUUGCCAUAAAUUAGCAGUGGAAAAAGGAUCAAGUCAUGCAAGACUCCCUCUAGAUAAAUAUUUAAUAAUGAAAACUAGAAAUGUCCUCACUAUUGAUCAAGUUUUUGAAAUUUUGUUGAGAGUUGCAGAAGGCUUGACUUGGCAAGAAUCCUUUCUCAAAGUUUUGCCAAAAAGGAAAGGUGCAAUAAUUAAAGAAGCUCCUAAUUCAGAUUUGGAGAAAUCCAGAGAAAAUGAUUAAAAAUUUGUAUAGUUUUAUAUAAA